ACGGAGAAAAGUAAGAACUGUUAGCAGCGAAGAGAAGAGAAAAGUUGGACAGAGCUCGAGCCACAAUCCCUCAUUUUAGAUUUCGGCGACAUGGCGGCUGAUCACGAGCAAUUUAAUCAACUGCUAAGCACUCUCCUAAGUACCGACAACGACGUCCGUACCCAAGCCGAGGAAGCCUACAAAAAUUUGCCUAUACAGAGUAAGGUUACCUGGCUCCUGAAUUCAAUAUGCACGGGGCACCUCGCCGAGGAAAUUCGCGCCAUGGCUGCUGUUUUACUACGACGGCUUUUCUCUUCAGAGUUUAUGGACUUUUAUCCCCAGCUCCCACCAGAAGCCCAGGAUGAAUUAAAAAAGCAGCUACUUUUAUCAAUCCAAAACGAGCAAUCAGAAACAAUCAGAAGAAAAAUCUGCGAAGUAGUAGCAGAAGUCGCUAGAAAUUUAAUUGAUGACGACGGCAACAAUCAAUGGCCGGAUUUUUUGAACUUUUUAUUCCAAUGCGCCAACAGUCCGGUGCCAGCUUUGAAAGAAAGCGCGCUGAGAAUAUUCACAUCCGUACCGGGAGUAUUUGGCAGCCAACAGAGCAAUUAUUUGACUUUAAUCAAACAAAUGUUACAACAAUCGGUAAUGGACACGGCUAAUUACGAGGUUCAAUAUCAAGCUGUGAGAGCAAUUGGGGCCUUUAUAAUCCUCCACGACAAAGAAACAUCAAUCCAGAAGCAAUUUGCGGAAUUAUUACCAGCAUUAGUACAAGUGACAGCUCAAUCAGUGGAAAAGCAAGAAGACGAAGCACUCCUGAAGGUUCUGAUCGACCUGGCAGAGACGACCCCGAAAUUUUUGAGGAACCAACUGGAGACGAUAAUGGAGAUGUGCAUGAAGAUAUUCUCAAACAAGGACAUGGGCGACAGUUGGAGGCAGCUUUCAUUGGAAGUUCUGGUGACUUUGUCAGAAACCGCCCCGGCGAUGGUGCGCAAGGUCGGGGGCAAGUACAUCGCCGCUCUGGUCCCUUUGGUCCUCGAGAUGAUGACAGACUUGGAAGACGACGACGAGUGGAGCUUCAGUGACGAAAUAAUUGAGGAAGACAAUGACUGCAACAAUGUUGUCGCUGAAAGCGCGCUUGAUAGAUUGUCUUGCGGGCUCGGUGGCAAGACCAUGUUACCCCAAAUUGUUGACAAUAUUCCACGGAUGCUCUCCAACUCCGACUGGAAGUACCGGCAUGCUGCUCUCAUGGCCAUUUCUGCAGUUGGAGAGGGCUGUCAUAAACAGAUGGAGGCCAUUUUGUCGCAAAUUAUGGAGGGGAUUGUUCAGUAUCUUCAGGAUCCGCACCCUAGAGUCCGUUACGCAGCUUGCAACGCCGUAGGCCAAAUGUCAACAGAUUUUGCUCCAACAUUCGAGCAAAAAUUCCACGAAAAAGUGAUCCCAGGCUUGCUGAUGGUCCUAGACGACAACGCGAACCCACGAGUGCAAGCUCACGCCGGAGCAGCUUUGGUAAAUUUCAGCGAAGACUGUCCGAAAAAUAUCCUCACGCCUUACUUGGAUGCAAUCAUGGGCAAGCUCGAGAGCAUCCUGACAGCUAAAUUCCAAGAAUUAGUUGAAAAAGGAACUAAAUUAGUCCUUGAGCAAGUGGUCACGACAAUUGCAUCGGUAGCUGACACAUGUGAGGAGCAAUUCGUGACUUAUUACGACCGUUUAAUGCCGUGUUUGAAGUACAUAAUCCAGAACGCGAAUCAGCAGGAGCAUAAAAUGCUCAGAGGAAAAACGAUCGAGUGCGUCAGUUUAAUUGGACUCGCCGUGGGAACCGAGAAGUUCAUUAAUGAUGCCAGUGAUGUCAUGGACAUGUUACUGACCACUCACGCAGAGGGCGAGCUCGCUGAUGAUGAUCCCCAGAUCAGUUAUUUGAUCUCUGCCUGGGCGAGACUCUGCAAGAUUUUGGGGAAACAAUUCGAACAGUAUUUGCCUGUUGUCAUGGGACCGGUUUUGAGAACAGCAUCAAUGAAGCCAGAAGUGGCUUUGCUAGACAACGAAGACAUGGAAGGCGUUGAAGGCGACCUAGACUGGCAAUUUGUGUCUCUGGGAGAACAGCAGAACUUUGGAAUAAAGACAGCUGGACUGGAAGACAAAGCUUCAGCUUGCGAAAUGCUUGUUUGCUAUGCUCGUGAGCUGAAAGAAGGAUUCGCGGAUUAUGCUGAAGAGGUGGUGAGACUCAUGGUGCCCAUGCUCAAGUUUUACUUUCACGAUGGAGUCAGGACUGCUGCUGCACAGAGUUUGCCGUGUUUGUUAGAGUGUGCCAGAAUUAAAGGUCCGCAGUACCUCGAAGGAAUGUGGGCGUACAUUUGCCCUGACCUUUUAAAAUCAAUCGACAGCGAACCAGAGUCUGAUGUCCUUCUAGAGCUCCUUUAUUCCCUCGCAAAGUGCAUCGAGCUUUUAGGAACCGGAUGCUUGGACCCAGCUCAGAUGACGGAGCUGCUCCGGAUUCUGGACAAGCUUCUUAACGAGCACUUUGAUCGCGCUGUGGCUAGGCUUGAAAAGCGCAAAGAUGAAGACUACGAUGAAGUAGUCGAGGAGCAGCUUCGCGAUGAGGACAACGAAGAUGUCUACACCCUCAACAAAGUAGCGGAUAUUCUUCAUGCUCUAUUCGCGACCCACAAGGAGACUUUCUUUCCGUACUUUGACCAAAUUUGCCACCAUUUUGUAAAGCUCCUCGCGCCUGAACGUUCCUGGUCCGACCACCAGUGGGCGCUGUGUGUCUUCGAUGACGUAGUCGAGUUCGGAGGGCCAGCUAGCUUCAAGUACCAGGAGUACUUUUUAAGGCCGAUGAUUUCCUACGUCUGCGAUCCUUCCGCUGAAGUUCGUCAAGCUGCCGCUUACGGCUGCGGCGUCUUUGCUCAGUUCGGCGGCGACGCUUACGCUCAAGCUUGCGCUGAAGCGCUCCCGAGGCUCGUCGAGGUCAUCACUCAGCCUGAAGCCAGGAGUCAGGAAAAUGUCAAUCCUACGGAAAAUGCCAUCAGUGCGGUGACGAAAAUUCUCAAGUACAACAGCAAGAUGGUCAAUGUUGAUGAAAUGCUUCCUCAUUGGCUCAGUUGGCUUCCGGUGACUGAAGAUGAAGACGAGGCGCCACAUGUUUAUGGGUACUUAUGUGAUCUAAUUGAAGCUAAUCAUCCGGUGGUACUUGGGCCUAAUAAUGAUAAUUUACCUGGGUUGAUAUUUUACUUUGCUGAGGCAUUCCUCAAGGAGGCUGUGCCUAAUGACAAUCCUGUUGUUCAGAGGAUUACUAAUCUUCUCAGACAAAUUCAGCUAAACGGAACGAUGUUUGCUAAUUGCGUCAGAUUGCUAUCAUCAGAACAACAGCGAGUAAUUUACGAGGCAUUAAGUUUACAGCCGACUAAUUAAUAAUGUUUUUUUUUCCAUU